UAUCUUUUGAGCGCUAACGUUGUCAACGUCAUACUACAUAGGAAGUGUCGUUUGUUUCUAAUUGUCUAUUUCUCACCACUACGAGCAAAUUCAUAAGAUUUGUUUUGUUGGACUUGGUCAGUUUUCUCUCUUCUGGCUGCCUACUAUGCGGAUGUACAUUUUUGGAUCAGUUAUCAUAUCCUUAUUAUUUUGUUUCUGUGAAGCUAAGUCAGAUCGUAUUCUACUUAGGAACAUAGACGCUUUAACGUUUUACCAUGAUAGGCUUGCCCAGUCAAGAAAGGGUUAUCGGCUUCCCCAGCUAAAAUGUAUUGGUGGGAGUGGGUUUAAGUAUCCGGAAUAUUACCCCAAGACUGUUCAGUGUUAUAACCGUGGCUUUGAUGGUCGUGAAGUCCAAUGGGAAUGUAAGGCGGAACUUGAUAAAGCAGUAUCUUUUGGACCAGUCAAUGUCAACUGCGAAGGAUAUGAUUAUCCGGAGGAUGACUAUAUUCUCCAUGGUUCUUGUGCUCUGGAGUAUGAGUUAAAUCUGAGGCAUCACAGAAAGGAGAGAAGAUACGAUAGAGCAUUCGAAAAAGCGUAUAUUAGUGCACGAAAUAACUCUGGUUAUUUAAUUAUCGGUUUACUAAUUCUAACAGCUGUUGGGAUUUGGUAUUUUUGUAUCAGAUCAUCUGGAUUUCCAUAUGAACAUGUGACAGAGUCAGAUGGAUCUUUCCCACACGGACCUCCUCCUUCAUAUGAAGAGACUAUUUUAAAUAAUGAUGAAGAUUACUUCACUAGACGCCGUUCACCUCCGUCUGCACCUCCGGAAUAUGGUUGGUCAUCACAUCUGAUAAACACCUCCAGAGGUUCAUCUCAUUCACACUGGCGUAAAGCAGAGGACCAAACUUCCCACUCAUGGUUAUACAAUGGUAUUUCUGCUGGUGCAGGAUUUUUAGGUGGCUACUUUAUGGGGUCUAGAUCAAGUAACAGUGCUGGAUGCUCUCGACCUACUCGAGUUUGUACUGAGGAAUCCUAUGUUCGUAAUGGAAAUGUUUACACUGAUCCACGGUAUGAGUCGUCUACGCAUUAUCAUCGUUCACGUACUCCAUCACCUGAAACACAUCUGUCAUCGGGUUUCGGAGGGACUUCGCGUAGAUGACACACUCGUAUGGAAAUUAUUUCAGCGUUUUCGGUGUGGCUGUAUAUUCAUUACUUUCAUUCAUAGGACACUUCUGUGUAUGCUUUUUUCGAGUCAUCUGUAUUUCCAUCCCAUAUUUGUUCUCAGUAUUAAAUUUCGAGUUGUGGUUUUCCCUAACGAGAAUAAAAAAGACAUUCUUUUUCU